AAAACCUCAAACCUCUCGAUUCCCACCUCACCAUCCCAAAAACGGGGAGACACAGAGGAGGCGGAGAAAACUAGAGAGAGAAACAGGGCGAGCCAUGGCCGCUUCCUCCUCCGUCACCGCCGCGCAGGCCCUCGUCGGCCGCACCAUCUCCGGCCACUCCUCCCCCUCCCCUUGCCACCCCGACUGCCUCGCCUUCGGCCUCAGCUCCGUCGCUGGCCGCGCCCUCAAGACUCCCCCCGCCCCUCGCCUCCAGAACCGGCGCCCACAGGCCGCCUCGAGGCCUCGCCGAUCCGCCGUCACGAGGGCGGCGGCGGUGGAGACGCUGGAGGAGAAGGCCGCCACGGAGGCCCUGCUGGAGAAGUCGAUCAACACGAUCCGGUUCCUGGCCGUCGACGCCGUCGAGAAGGCCAACUCCGGCCACCCGGGACUCCCUAUGGGGUGUGCCCCGAUCGGCCACAUCCUCUACGACGAGGUCAUGCGCUACAAUCCCAAGAACCCCUUCUGGUUCAACCGCGACCGCUUCGUGCUCUCCGCCGGACACGGCUGUAUGCUCCAGUACGCCCUGCUUCACCUUGCGGGUUACGAUAGCGUCAAGGAGGAGGAUUUGAAGGCUUUCCGGCAGUGGGGGAGCAAAACUCCUGGUCAUCCUGAGAAUUUUGAAACUCUGGGAGUUGAAGUCACUACUGGUCCUCUUGGUCAGGGUAUUGCAAAUGCUGUUGGAUUGGCACUUGUUGAGAAGCACCUAGCUUCCCGCUUCAAUAAGCCUGACAUGGAGAUCGUUGAUCAUUACACGUAUGUUAUACUUGGGGAUGGUUGCCAAAUGGAGGGCAUUUCUAAUGAAGUUUGUUCUCUUGCUGGGCACUGGGGUUUGGGAAAGCUGAUUGCUUUUUACGAUGACAACCACAUUUCCAUUGAUGGAGACACAGAGAUUGCAUUUACGGAAGAUGUAAAUGCCCGUUUUGAUGCCCUUGGCUGGCACACUAUCUGGGUGAAGAAUGGUAACACAGGCUAUGAUGAAAUCCGUGCUGCAAUAAAGGAAGCAAAGGCCGUCAAAGACAAACCCACAUUGAUCAAGGUGACCACCACCAUUGGUUUUGGGUCUCCAAACAAGGCAAACACAUAUAGCGUACAUGGAAGUGCAUUGGGUGCUAAGGAAGUUGAAGCAACCAGGCAGAACCUUGGAUGGCCUUAUGAGCCUUUUUUCGUACCUGAAGAUGUGAAGAGCCAUUGGAGCCGCCAUGUCCUGGAAGGUCCUGUUCUUGAAGCUGAAUGGAAUGCCAAGUUUGUGCAGUACGAGAAGAAAUAUAAAGAGGAAGCUGCAGAGCUGAAGCAGAUCAUAACAGGAGAACUGCCUGCUGGAUGGGAGGAGGCUUUUCCGACAUACACGCCUGAAAGUCCUGCAGAUGCCACAAGAAAUCUAUCUCAGCAAUGCCUCAAUGCUCUUGCUAAAGUACUCCCUGGGUUCCUUGGAGGUAGUGCCGAUCUUGCAUCCUCGAACAUGACACUGCUGAAGAUGUUUGGCGACUUCCAAAAGGACACACCUGAGGAGCGGAAUCUCCGUUUCGGUGUUAGGGAACAUGGAAUGGGUGCCAUAUGCAAUGGCAUUGCCCUGCACAGCCUGGGUAUGAUCCCUUACUGUGCUACUUUCUUUGUCUUCACGGACUACAUGAGAGCUGCCAUAAGGAUCUCAGCCUUGAGUGAGGCGGGAGUCAUCUAUGUGAUGACACAUGAUUCUAUUGGUCUUGGAGAAGAUGGUCCCACCCAUCAGCCCAUUGAGCAUCUGAUUAGCUUCCGAGCCAUGCCCAACAUUUUGAUGCUCCGUCCAGCUGAUGGGAAUGAGACUGCUGGGGCAUACAAGGUUGCAAUUCUCAACAGGAAGCGGCCAUCAAUCCUUGCUCUCUCCCGUCAGAAGCUUCCUCAGCUUGCAGGAACAUCAGCUGAACGAGUUGCAAAGGGAGGAUAUACUAUUUCAGACAACUCAUCUGGUAACAAGCCAGAUCUCAUUAUUAUGAGCACUGGCUCAGAAUUGGAGAUUGCUGCCAAGGCUGCAGAUGAGCUGAGGAAGGAGGGAAAAACAGUCCGAGUUGUGUCACUUGUCUCCUGGGAGUUGUUUGAUGAGCAAUCUGAUGAAUACAAGGAGAGUAUCCUCCCAGCUUCUGUAACUGCUAGAAUCAGCAUUGAAGCAGGAGCCACUCUUGGGUGGGAGAAGUUCGUCGGGGCCGGCGGCAAGUCCAUAGGGAUUGACCGGUUUGGGGCAAGUGCUCCUGGUGGGCGGAUUUACAAAGAAUUUGGUAUAACAGCGGAGAAAGUUAUAGAAGCAGCCAAGUCUCUAUAAGAUCAGCUUGUCUAGGGUCCUUCCUCUCCAAUGGUUACAAGGAGAACCUAGAUUCCGGAGCCGUGCUUCUGGGAGUUAAGAGUACACUGGUGUGGAAGAAGCCAGCUUUGGCAGAUUGAGUCUGGCGUUUGGCCUGUAAUAAAGCCCUUCAUAUUUUCUUGAACAUUUUCCACUUUAUAAUUCAUGAAGUUGAGCCCUCUUCUGGUUCUGAUUUAAUCAAACAACUGCAUCUGAUGGUUGCAUCAAGCUGUACUCUGUUGAUCUAUUAAAUUUUGAAUGCUUUCGUGGAAAGAUCUUUAAGAUGUAAUUUUGAACAUUUCACUUUUUGAACCGGCACUAUCUCAUCUCUUUGGUC